UCUUCAGAAACUCCUGAGAAGCCUUCCAAGUACAGCAUGAUGAUCAUCUCUGUGCUUUUGCUAGUCACCAUGCUACCAAACCUGAGUGUUCCAGAAUCUGUGCAAGUGGGUAUAGUGAACGGCACAGAAGUCAAACCUCAUUCAAGACCCUACAUGGUUUCAAUUCAAAGAAAUCAAAAACACAUAUGCGGUGGCUUCCUUGUGUCUGCACAAUUUGUCAUGACAGCUGCGCACUGCUUCAAAUACGGAGACAAGUUGACAGUUGUGGUUGGAGCUCAUGAUUACACCAAAGGCACUGGUCGCAUGGGUGUGAAAUUCUACCACAUCCACCCUGGGUAUAAGCCUAGUCUGCUAAAUGACAUCAUGCUACUUCAGCUAUAUGGAGAAGUCGAAAAGAGCAAGAACGUGAAGUUGAUCUCCAUACCAAAGAAAGAUAAGGACAUCAAGGCCAAGGUCAAAUGCAGUGUUGCAGGAUGGGGGAAAACAAACAACAACAGUGAUGUAUCAAGUGCUAAGCUUAUGGAGGUGGACGUCACCAUCAUUGACAACAAAGUAUGUCAGAAGAAGUGGGGAAAAGAUUACUCCACUUCACGUAUGGUGUGUGCAGGCGGUCGUGGAGGAUUUUGCAAGGGGGAUUCUGGAGGACCUUUGGUGUGCAAUAAUGUCGCAGUCGGUGUGGUUUCAUUAUAUGAAAAAAACAACUGUGACUCACCUAAUCUUCCAAAUGUCUACACCAAGAUUUCCAAAUAUCUAAAAUGGAUAAAUGCUGUUCUUGAAGGUGUGAAGUAAGAACUUGAUGAAUAAACUUCAAGUCUGCUUAUGUGUGUGAAUAUUUCGAGCUCAUUUCAUAAUUGAGUUAAUUGAAUAAAACUUGACUGAUGUGACAAGCUCCAAAAUCUUUUCUGUGGAUAGAUUGGUGUCAACUGUUCUCAGCCGGCCUAGUUUCCUGUGGGGGUCGAGCUCAUUGCAUGUGAUCAGACAGUCUGUGAGAAAGUCUAGUUUGCAGACACGUCUAAAAAAGAAAUUCUGAUACCUAUGCAAGGUCAUCACAGACUCAACACACAUUAAAAUAAUAAUAAUAAUAAAUU